UAGCUCACCCACCGAAGACAACAUCCUAUAAAUAACACUUCGUGCGUCACUUAGCGAAUCUUAAUUGGAUCAGGAACCAUCGACAUUACUCCCGGUACCUGAAUAUGGCUUCGCGUCAAGGCAAGCCAGAGGAGGAGCUGUUCUUUUCGCGACCCUUGAAUGGAGAGGACAGUCCUACCGUCGAACCUCUGAGAAUCUCCAAACCUACCAGUCCCAAGCCACGCGCAGACUCAGCAGCGUCAGGUCGAUUCAACUAUCCGCCCCCAAGCAACAGUAGCAGUAAACUCACAUUCCCUCUACCUCCCGGCGCCUCAAGCUCUGCGAGCCCUCUUCCCUAUCCCGAGGACGAAGAUUUAUAUGCAAAGCCUAUCGAGUCUCGCAAGCAACGGCUUCCAUAUCCCGACGAUUCGAGACCCAACCCGAACAGAACAGGAUCUGGAGGGUCAAGUCAAGAUAACAGCAGACCGUCACCGAGCAGGAAGGGUACAAAUGACACAACUCCGCGAAUAAGCACAAGUCCCGUCGACAAGAGAGGUCCAGGUCUGGCAGAAAGACGGGGGACUGCCCCUAAACCUCUGCCAGAGUCUCCAGGUCUAAAUCUUCCUGACAAGGAAGGUUUGUUUGCGAAGCAACCCCGAAGAGACCCAAAACCUUCCCAAGGCGCAAGUCGCCCUGGUCAAACAAACGCGACCUCCUACCCCGAGUUUCGUCCACAGCAGCAGCAACAGUAUUAUCCUCCGCCUGUCCCAGGAGCAGCCGAGCUUAAUGGGACGUCUGCAGAUAAUCCAAACUUGAUAGCUCCCACUGCUAGCGCCAUGAAUCGUUUUGCCUCUACAGCGUCAACCUCAACGACAAGAGCUACUCGAGGUUCUCCCCCACCUCCAGAGACUCCCAUUUUGGGUCCCGGUGAUCCGGCUGGUGGUGGCAUUGAAGCUCGUUAUGCUGCUGCGGGCAUAUCAGGGACAGCUACUUUAAGUAGCUUACAAGCUCAGAAUGCUGCAGCCGCACAAAGGAUGAACCAGUAUGGACCUCCACCAGUUCCUCAACUUCCACUGUCGCCAGGCUUUGCGCCAGCUCAGCCGCAAAGUAUACCCAGGCCUUGGACACCUACAGAGUCCCCAGACAAUCAACCGCAUGGGCCUCCUACGGUCUAUCAAGGUCCAAAUCAAGUGACAGCCUCAUCUUCCCCACCACGUCAGCAAGAACCGGCACGCCAACGCCCAGGCUCACAGCCGAAUGCUCUGGAGCAAGACUUUCAACGCAUGCAACUUUCUCCUUCACCACCUCCAGCUUAUUCGAGCGUCACUCCAGGUGUGAAUGGCAAUGCUCAGUCAUAUCCUCAAGAAAAACGCUCUAAUGUACCCGCCAACAUAAGCACUGCUUCGAGGCCGGAUAUCGCUUCACCUAUGACCUCGCCUGCAUUGCAACAUCCGGGACAUCCCGCCUUUGCAAAUGACCCAAGAGAUGAACCCGCAUAUCCUCAGCAACCAGUACAGUCGAUGGCCGCAAUAGCCACAGCUGCACCUGUACAACAAUUUGCUAAUGCGUCACCCUUUCAAGGUGCUGGGCCUUCGUCUCCACCACCCCUUCCAGAAGGGUGGAUAGCCCAUCUUGAUCAGAACUCUGGUCAAUAUUAUUACAUCCACCUACCCACACAAGCCACACAAUGGGAAUUCCCUAAAGGUCCACAACCUCUGAAUGACAUCGCGCCAUUGUCCCCAACAAUGUCUACCUAUGGCAACCCACUGGCCUCGCCCGGACUCAGCGCAUUUGGGAAGACUCCUUUGGGCUCCCCUGGCUUCCCACCACAUACUCCUGGCUACGCCGAGAGUAUAAUGAGUAUGACUUCACAAACACCCACUGCUGCUGGAUUCUCCGGUCCUCCCCCAAGUGCUGGAGUUGAUAUGUAUAAAGUGGCUCCUACAAAUGGAGUGUAUUUUGGUCCAUACCUAAGAUACGUCAAUAUGGACUUCGAAAGAGGCGUUUGGCUUGGUACCAUCAUGCUUGUAACUGAUGCUUUACAACCUCCAACCAUUCACAUCCAUCAAAGUGUUGAUCUCUCUCCGAAUCCGCGCCAACUAAAACCUAAUCCAAUCUUCACACAUCAACGUUAUACCUUCUAUAGAUACGAUGUUGACCUGCAAAUGGGAGAUGGCCCGAGUGACAAGUGGACCUAUGCUAUAACAUCACAUCUUGGCUGUACUCGAUAUGAGUUCCUCGUGGCAGGCCGGUAUGAGACGAAUUGGCGAUUUAUAGCACAUUCCGGAAAUGACUUUGCAAUGAACACGAAUCUGAACGAACGUUCAAAGCUCGGUGGCAUUGGCUUCAUGUGGAAAGAUAUCUUGCAAAAGAAUGUCGAGUGUGGUGGCUUUCAUGUCCAGCUUGGAUUGGGCGAUCAGAUUUAUGGAGACAGGUUAUGGAAAGAGGUUCCGCUGCUCAGACAAUGGCUUGCCAUGAGCGGCAAGGAUAACCGAAAGAGCGCAGCGUGGACUGCAAGGCACGAGGAAGAUGUCUCUCAUGCUUAUUUCCAUUAUUACACAAGCCAUUUUGAUCAACCGUACUUGAGGGAGGCAUUCGCUCAAAUUCCUCACGUGCUUCAAAUUGACGAUCAUGAUAUUUUUGACGGCUUCGGAUCGUAUCCCGAGUACAUGCAAUCAUCAAAUAUGUUUAAAAACAUUGGACGCAUCGGCAUUGAGAUGUAUCUUUUGUUCCAGCAUCAUACGACUUUGGAGAUUCUCCGAAAUGUUAACACUGACGUUGACCUCUUUACGAUAACUGGAACCGGAUGGCAUUUUGUAAAGUAUCUAGGACCUGCGGUUGUGGUUGUUGGACCAGACUGCCGCUCUGAGAGAAAUCAGCGCCAAGUUCUGGCAGGACCGACGUAUCAAGGAAUUUUCCCCAAAGUUGCAACAUUGCCACCAAGCGUUCAGCACUGUAUAUGGAUGGUUUCCGUUCCGAUUGUAUAUCCUCGCCUGGAUACAAUGGAGAGUAUCACUCAAACUAUAUCAGCUGCGAAGAAGGGAGUCACUGGAACCUACAAUCUCCUUGGGAAGGUCACGAGCUCUGUAGCCGGCGUUGUUGGAGGGAAAGAAGCAGUCGCUUCCGGUUUCUCGCAAGUAAAGAAAGCAGUCGGCAAGUCAGGCUUGAUGGGCGGUGUCCUCAACACGUUUGGAGACAUUGACAUUGCAGAUGAGCUACGAGAUAUGUGGACACAUGAAUCCAAAGAUCUCGAAAGAACAUACUUGAUCAGGACGUUGCAAGGAAUUGGACACCAGAAAGGCAUCCGCAUGACUUUCUUAUCCGGAGAUGUGAACUGCUGCGGUGCAGGAUUGCUGCAUGAUCCAAGUCACCCAAGUGACCACAAGACAAUGUAUCAGGUCAUCUCCUCUGCUGUUGUAGCUGCACCUCCACCAUCUUAUGUCCUCAAGAUGCUACACAACAACAAGCCUCUCUACGUGCCACAAAACGGCCAGAAGACCACCAACACAGUCUCAGACACAAAAGAAGACAUGAUGGAAAUCUUCCAAACAGACACCAACGGUGGACCUCGAGAGAUGAAGAAGCUGAUGGGCAGAAGAAAUUACGUUGCCUUUGUAGCAUAUGACCCUGAAGUCGUCGCCGGCACAUCAUAUGCUGGCAGCAUGCACAGCGGACAGCAAGGUCUAGCGAAGCUGAGUUUGGCGGUUGAUUUUGUGGUUCAAGGAGAUGGUGGUUUCAGUCCGCCCACCAAAUACGGGCCAGUAAUCAUUCCUGGUCUUGAAUUCGGGCGAUAGGAGCGCUUUUAACGAUUCCCUUUACAAAAGAAGAUAUCAAGCAUUUCAUGAAGAAGGAGUUGUAGGGGAGCGUUUGAAUAUUAUUUUUGUUUUCCUCUAUCUCCCACACAGCGAAGAGAAGAAAUAUGAUAUAAACCGAAUCAAAGCUAGCAUAUGCACAUUCGCUCAAACUCGAAGUGAACAGUCCUAUCAAAGCAUACUCCAAUCCCCUCCAUGACUUGGGAGUCACAGAUCAAAGAGCUUCUUCACUUGUUGAUAUGUAUCGUCUGGGUU